UAGUAUCAUAAAAACCACGGUUUCCUGUCCUGUGUGUCACAUGUAGCAUGGUGGAUGUUAUUAGCUAAUUUUGGGUCAUUUAUCGGCUCCAGAGGUUCCGCAGACUGACAGGACAUUUAUCAGUCUGGUGUUUUAUCAGCACUAACUUCAGGGUUGUUUCAAACUUUGGAUGGAGUCUGCGUCCAGGUUUGACCUCGGGGUUUGGGAUUCAGGCCGUCCUGCACAGCAAGAUAAGAAUGGUCAAGUAUUUCUGUAACAACACAGACAUCAGGAGCACGUGGGACCAUGUCUUCUCUGCUUUCUGGCAGAGGUACCCUAACCCAUACAGCAACCAUGUUCUAACAGAGGACGUUGUGUACCGGGAGGUGACUGCGGACCAGCAGCUCCUCUCCAGACGCCUCCUGACAAAGACCAAUCGGCUGCCUCGCUGGGCAGAGCGGUUCUUCCCCAGCGGCAUGUCUCGCUGCGUGUACAUCAUCGAGGACUCCAUCGUGGACCCUGUUAACAGAAGCUUGACCAUCUACACAUGGAACCUCAACCACACGACUCUCAUGUCAGUUGAAGAGCGCUGCAUUUUCCGAGACUCGGCGGAGCAGCCAGCCACCACCCUGCUGAAACGGGAAGCGUGGAUAUCAUCAGGCAUUUAUGGUUUCUCUAGACCCAUUCAGGAGUUUGGAUUGGCUCGCUUCAAGAGCAACCAAGUGAAGGCCAUGAAGGGACUGGAAUACGCUCUGUCCAACUUACAGGGGAUUGGCAUCAGGCUGAGUGUUGUGUCCGUGAGUGUUGGUGGAGCGGCUGCUCUCAGACUGUGUGUGGCACGGUCAGUGAAGCAAACACACACAAGAAAUCAGCUCAACUCGAGGGAGGAAAAGUGUUUGGAGAGGCACACCCGCGGCUGCUCAGGGACACCAUGAAGGAUGCAUCGGGAAAGGCCAAAGAAGCAGCCAAGAACCUGGCCUCAGCUGCGGCUGCGACCCCACAGAAACCCCAGCAGUACAUCUGACAGGAGAGUGAAGUGUCGUGCAGGUGACACCAACUCAACCCAAUCCCUGAAUUUUUGCUGGGAUCUCACUUCUCUCUGCGCUGUUGUUCCACCCUGUGUCUGAUUAUCUCCGUUCUCCAGGAUUUCCCCCGACUCUUACUUCUUUCCCUCCUCUCCCUGUCGUCUUUUUCCUCUGUUCCUCUCUCAGCUUUUAUUAGUUCUCAGGUCUUGAGCCUUUGUAUGAAACGUCUUGCCUUCGUGCAAACUUUCAGAUCAGCAGCAUGUUUUUAAUGCUGUAACGACGUCGGGGUACAUGCAAAAGGUUUGGCCAACGUGUCUUGGCCACUUGUUUAAUAUUUUACUGGACUCUACUGUUGAAGACUAUUGAAUAAUUAUUUAUUAAUAACCAGUAUGUUUACUUUUAUUUCACUGUAUAUUUCUGGCACAAUGUUAACAUUCUUAACAGUUUGACACUUUGGGAUUUCACCAGUUUAUUCAUCAGCUGCUUAACAUAUCGGUUCACAUUAGACCAAGUCUUAUGUGUUUGGAAGAUUUUAGGUUCAACCAUUUUGAAUAAUGGUUCCUUUUCAUUUCUUCAUUAUUUGACAUUUUCUGGGUUUGCCACGAUAGUAAUGUCCCACUGUGAAACAUAGCACAGAGCAUGUGCUAGUAGAGUCAGCAUGCAGUGUAUAUUCUGUAAUAUAGUGCACAUAAAUAGAAAGUUUAGUGUAAAUGCAGAACCAGAGCGCUGAUAAUCACAGGAUACCAAAGUCACUUGUGUGAAUAAUGACAGACUGAGCAGUUGCCUCCUCUUCUUGCUCAGAUUCAUUCUGCUAUUGUGAUUUAUCUUUAACUGUAUGACUCACACUGAGAUGCAGUAGUGAGAAUAGAUCGUUUCAAUCUGCCUGUUGCUGUGAAGCUGAACCGAUGAUGAAGAUGUUUAUUGUACAUUUCAAUGACUGCAUUCCCAUGUAGAUAGAAUUUUAGUGUAUGUAGGUUUAUUUUCUUUUUUUUAAUUUUAACCAGGUAGUAACACGGCAAAUAAUAUGUAAAAACAGAAUAGGCUGGACAAGUUAAAGAUAUUGUUAAAAAUAUUGUUCAACCAAAUUCCAAAUAUUAUAUUUGUUUAUUUUUGUCUAAUUGAACUCUAAUAAAAUAUUUAAAGUUACUGUUUUGA